GUCGCUCUAAGCAUCGCUAGGCGGAAGCAUCGAUCAGCGUCGCGCGCCGCAGCCGGUGGUAUUUUCAGGUUGCACAAAACCGUGGAGACUGUAACAUUUCACAGAAAAACAUCAGACUGGUAGCCGGAUAAAACAUGUCAACGAAACAAGUGACCUGCAGGUAUUUCCUGCACGGUGUGUGUCGCGAGGGCAGCAGGUGUAUGUUCUCUCAUGAUCUGGCCACAAGCAAACCUUCGACCAUCUGUAAAUACUACCAGAGAGGCGUGUGUGCGUAUGGAGACCGAUGCAGAUAUGAUCACGUCAGACCCCCCGGGCGCGGCGGCGGCCCCCCAUCAUCAGAUCAGCCCAGCAGAAGCAGCAGCAGCAGCGCAGGAGCCUCGGCCCCGGGCCCCGGCCCCUCAUCUAACACUAGCAGACCUGCCAAGAGACCUGUGGUGCUGCGAGACAGAGCGCUGGGCUCCGACAGCAGAGAGGGGCCCGAGCUGAGGGACUGCUGGGACGACAAGCCUCACACUUACCUGGACGCCAUCUGCUCGGGGCUGGAGAGUUCGGCCGGCCCCGUCCCGUAUCCUGACGCCGCUCAGCAGCCGCAGCUCUGCCCUUACCUGGCGGCCGGACACUGUCACUACGGCGACCGCUGCCCGUAUCUCCACGGAGACAUGUGUGACAUCUGUCGGCUGCAGGUUCUGCAUCCACACGACGCUGAACAGAGAGCAGCGCACGAGAAGAUGUGCAUGACGGCGUUCGAGCUGGACAUGGAGCGAGCGUUUGCGGCGCAGCAGAGUCAGGACAAGCAGUGUAAGAUCUGUCUGGACGUGGUGUAUGAGAAGGUGUCUCCGUCCGAGCGGCGCUUCGGCAUCCUCUCCAGCUGCUGCCACACGUACUGCUUGAGCUGCAUCCGCCAGUGGCGCUGCGCAGAGCAGUUCCAGAACCAGAUCCGCAAGUCCUGUCCCGAGUGCCGUGUGGUGUCUGAGUUCGUCAUCCCCAGUGUGUACUGGGUGGAAGACCAGGAGGAGAAGAACCGGCUCAUCGAGGAGUUCAAGUCUGGAGUCAGUAAGAAGCCCUGCAAAUACUUCGAUCAGGGCAGAGGAACGUGUCCGUUCGGAGGAAAGUGUUUCUACAUGCAUGCGUACGCCGACGGGACACGAGCCGAACCAGACAAACCCCGCAAACAGCUGAGCGCAGAGGGGAGCGUGCGGUUUCUGAACUCUGUGCGUCUGUGGGACUUCAUCGAGGAGCGCGAGCACCGUGGGACGGCGCAGGACGAGGACGAGGUCAAUGAGCUGGGCGAGCUCUUCAUGCAGCUGUCAGGAGCCGGAGACCAGAGCGACACGGCCGCCUCACACUGAUCACACGACUGUCCUCAAACAUCCGGCCCACAAACCUGCGUCCACAGCUCAGCCACAAGUGCUCAAGCAUUACUGCAUCAUGUGAAUCUGGGGUUAGAGCAGCUUGGUGGCGGCUGUAGGCUGACGUAUUGCAUCGGGAUUUCACCAGAUUUUUAACGUAAAGUCCAAAGACGAAUGUAUGAUGAAAACAUUACUAAAAUAAAUUCUCAGAUGCACUCAAAUAGUGUGUGAAGUGUGUUACAGAAACACAGUUUAGUGAAAAAACAAAACAAAAAAAAUUAAAUUAGUGAUUGUCACACUUAGUUCAGAUAACAUUCAUAACUUUAUAACUUUUGGGCAUCAUGCAAUAUUGCUGUGGUUAAAAAAAAAAGAAACGGUAGCCAUUGAUUCGUCAGAUUGAUUCUCGUUCUGAUAUCAUUGUGCUGAAUUCACUCAUCUGAUCAUGGGUCAUUAUAUUGUGUUUUCUCAAGUGUAUUGUUGAGUGACGCUGGAGGGAGUGUAAUAAAGCGUUUCGUGAACGAC